AUGCCGUUAAGCGAGGUCGAUGAUCCACUCACUAGAGGCAUGUCGAAACUUCAGCCUGUCUGUUCAAAGACGCUCAAGCGAUGCAUGACUUUACUUGUUGCUGCUGUCGAGGCUAAGAUUACUGCCGAGAUGUCAGGGCAGUAUGGCUACUUGUAUGAUGCAUCUACGUUCUAUCUGGAGAACUACGUGGCUCUUUACGCUGUGUAUUGUUAUGACGAACAGCUGAGGCAAGUGCUGCUCGCUAUCGCCCCAAUGGAAGAAGGCGACCUGACGGUCCAAUCAAAUUGUUCCUUUAUAAAGAAAAUCUGCGAGAUUUUCCACCUAUCAGAGUCGAAUAUGGCAUUUCUGAUUGGUGAUAAUUGUUCGACUAACCAAGCUACUGCGACACGUCUCGACGUUCCCCUGAUUGGUUGUGCGUCGCACCGAUUUAAUUUGGCUGUAAAUGCGUAUUUGGAAAGCUACAAGGCUGAGAUCGAGGCAGUCAGCGCACUCGUGGCGGCCUUGCGCACGGUCAACAGCCGUGCCGCUCUGCGCGAACACACACCCCUCUUGCCGUUAAGGCCAAACGUGAUGCGUUGGAGCUCCACGUUCGAGAUGGUAGCUCGCUUUGUCCGUUUUCGGGACGACAUCAAGCAUGUGGAGUCCGUGUUCGACCUCAUUCCCAAGGCGGCAAUGCAUCGACGCAUUGAGGCGCUUCUAAAAGAUCUACGUGUCUUCCAGAGUGUAACUCUGAAGCUACAGCUAGAGGACGUAACGUUAGCCGAUGUACGAGCUUUGUUUGACUCCAUCAUCGAGCGCUUCCCAACGACCAAGGCUAAGUUGAGUGCGACUGCUACUAUCGUCCAUUCUCCUACUUUUGAAGCAGCCACGGUGAAGGUCAUUAAUGGAGAGGUUGGCAGUCUGACGGCCAGUGAGCGGAAGGCAAUCAAGCGCUUCGAGGUGGAGACGGCGUCGGCAAGCUCUGGCAGAAAGCGCAAGCGGCGUGAUGACGAUGAGAAGGAGGAUGACUUUGCUACGUCGGUGCUGAGAGCAAAGAAGGCGAGCGGGAGACAGACAUCGGCUUCCUUCCUUAAGCUCCUAGAGAAGCUGCCUCCUACCAGCAACCGCUGUGAGAGGCUCUUCUCCCAGGCCAAGCUAGUACUGACGCCGCAACGAGCAUCUUUGUUGCCUGUGAACUUUGAAAAGCUAAUGUUUCUACGUGCUAACAGAAGCAAUUGGGAUGUGGGUAUGGUGCAGGACGUAUACGAGCCGUACAAAAAGAUAUGGUAUCUUCCGAGCCCUGUGCUCAGGCAGUUGAAAAGGCGGCUCGGGAAAGCAGUGCAGGCCUCGCUGGAGACCGACUUCGCUCAGGUCGACACCACCGGGGUACUCGUGGAGGGCUCCGACAUCAUCGAAGCGGUGGAGGCUUUGAUGGUGCCGAAGCCGGACUUCGUUCAAGCCGACGAUGUGUCGUCCAUGUGUCCGCCGACAUCAACUCGAUGUCCGACAUCUUCUCUGUGGAUGAAGAAGAUUUAG